CAUGCAUCAUGAACGAAUCUGCCUCUAGUGGAAAUGGUCAAGAGUUUGAUGUAUUUAGUGCUAUGGACUGGAAGGAUGGCAUAGGUACUUUGCCAGGAAGUGACCUAAAGUUUAGAGUGAAUGAAUUUGGGGCCCUGGAAGUGAUUACAGAUGAAACUGAGAUGGAAAGUGUUAAAAAGGCAACUGCUACGACAACAUGGAUGGUUCCAACUGCUCAAGAAGCCUUUUCAGAAAAGACAGGGAUCUGCACAAGGUUGAAAGAAACUGCAAAAAUGGAUGGACUUGUUUUCUGUGAAAACUGCUACCGCUAUUGUACCAUUGAAGAGUUUGUUCCUGAAGGGAAAUUUUGCAGCCAGAAAUGUGCCCAGCAAGUAAAAAACAAAGAACCAAAGGAGGAAAAACCCAGCAUGGAAUGUAAUGGGGAAGAUGAUUCUAAAGGCAUUCGGAAAAGAAAAGCAAAGUUGCCUCUCAAAGAAGAGUCCAGGGAUAAUGAGGAGAAGAAAGAGAAUCCUGAUGAAAUUGAGGACAAACCUGAAGGAAGGAUCUUGAGAGUCUCACAGAGAGCCAGGAGGAAAAGAAAAGGGGAAAUAACAGUUUUGAAACAAACUGUACCCUCUAAAGGAAGGCAAGCAUGGUGUUGGGCAUCCUAUCUGGAGGAAGAAAAGGCUGUGGCAGUACCUAUUAAGCUUUUUAAAGAGUAUCAAUCUUUCCCAUAUAACAAAAACGGAUUCAAGGCUGGGAUGAAGCUGGAGGGCGUGGAUCCUGAGCACCAGUCGAUAUACUGUGUUCUCACGGUGGCUGAGGUUUGUGGCUACAGAAUACGACUCCAUUUUGAUGGAUACCCAGAUUGUUACGAUUUCUGGGUGAAUGCUGAUUCUUCAGACAUUCAUCCUGUUGGAUGGUGUGAGAAAACAGGUCACAAGCUUCAUCCACCUAAAGGAUAUAAGGAAGAAGAAUUCAGCUGGCCCUCAUACCUAAAGGCAUGCAAGGCUCAAGCUGCUCCUAAAUCACUGUUUGAAAACCAGAAUGCAACAGUGAUUCCAUCGGGAUUUCGAGUGGGGAUGAAGCUGGAAGCCGUAGACAAGAAGAACCCGACUUUCAUUUGUGUUGCUACGGUAACAGACAUGGUGGACAAUCGUUUUCUGGUUCAUUUUGACAACUGGGAUGAGAGUUACGACUACUGGUGUGAAGCAGCUAGCCCACAUAUUCAUCCUGUUGGAUGGUGUAAAGAACAUAAAAGAACUCUCAUCACCCCACCAGAUUAUCCGCAUGCGAAGCAUUUUUCCUGGGAGAAGUAUUUGGAAGAAACCAGUUCAUUACCUGCACCUGCAAGGGCUUUUAAAGUGAAACCUUCUCAUGGCUUUCAGAAAAACAUGAAACUUGAAGUGGUUGACAAGAGAAAUCCAGUAUUUAUCAGAGUAGCAACUAUUGUAGAUACUGACGACUAUAGAAUAAAGGUCCAUUUUGAUGGCUGGGAUAGUAUUUAUGAUUAUUGGACUGAUGUAGAUAGCCCUGAUAUCCAUCCUGCAGGCUGGUGUACAAAAACUGGACACCCUCUUCAACCCCCACUUAGUCCCUUGGAAUUGGUGGAAGCUUUAGAGCAUGGAGGGUGUCCCACAGCAGGAUGUAAAGGAGUUGGGCACAUUAAAAGAGCAAGACAUAUCGGCCAUCAUAGCGCGGUCAGCUGCCCAUAUUCUGAAAUGAACUUGAACAAAGAAAGCCUCUUACCUGACCGAUUGAGCGGGGAGAUGCCUGCAGCCAGUCCUGUCCAGAGAAACAGAAAAGUGGAAGCAAGUGAAAGAUCGACCUCUCCUGUAAUCAAUGACAGAAAAUGUCCCAGCCCGUGUCAUGGAGGUGUGAAAUCUCCAGGUCACAAUCGAUCAUCUGGGAAAACGGCAUCAGAAACAACUAAGCAGGAAGAGGCAGAAAGUAAAUCUCUUUGCAAGAAGCCCCUGUUAUGUGAUGUGAAAGAUAAGAAGGCACCUGGUGGGGUACUACAAACAAAGGACUCCAUAAAGAACAAAGAGUGUGAAGAAGAGGAGACAGAAAAUAAGCUGCUCAUUUCAAAUGAAAUUAAAGAUGUUGAAGAACCCAACACACCGAGGCUUCUUUCUCAACCAGUUAUUUUGUCUUCCAAGUUGCAAAUCCCUGGCCUACCCUUGCGCUGGGAACAGCAGAGCAAGCUCCUUCCAAGUGUAGCUGGGAUACCAGCCAGUAAAGUUUCUAAGUGGAGUACAGAUGAGGUCUCUGAAUUUAUACGGAGUUUACCAGGAUGCGAAGAACAUGGCAAGGUGUUUAAAGAUGAGCAAAUUGAUGGAGAAGCAUUUCUGCUAAUGACCCAAUCAGACAUAGUCAAAAUAAUGAGCAUUAAACUGGGACCAGCCCUAAAAAUCUUUAAUUCCAUUCUGAUGUUCAAAGCUGCAGAGAAAAACUCACACAACGAACUUUGAAGAUAAUGGAAAAUGUGCAGGAGCCAGCCUUCUCCACUGGAGCUCAUGUUUUAUUCAAAGCACAAAGACUAGAACUGUUGAGUAAGGACUCUCAGCAAGGAAGAAACUUAUGUUCAGCACUGGUGGACUAUUUAUAUUCUCCUAGAGCCAGUACACAUCUGAAUCCUUCUGGGAAGUGUUCAAGCUUUUGAGAAGGUACUGUGUAACAAUCAAGUCAGCUAGUCUAAUUUACCGAACUAACGGCGCUGAUUCUCCAUGGAUGGUUAGGAUCCCUGACUUUCUCUGGACAUCAAGAAAACCUUCAUCAAUUAUUUAUGCUGUAUUAUAUAAGGGAACGUUAAUAUUUUCUAAGAAUUCUUGAAUUCUACUUCAUGUACUCAUUUUACUUUUCAAAAGCUUUUACUUCAUACUACCGAAAUAAAAACUGAUUAGCCAAAAAUUAGGCUACAGGUAGCCAGAUGAGACUGUUAUGGCUAAUAUGUAUUUGUGCCAUAGUUGAAAAACAGAACACUUAAUGUUACAUACAUGACACUUUAUGCUACAGCAUAUAACUUUACAGAUUAUAAAACUGUCUGUUUGCUUGUAA